GUGGUUUGGAGUAGUAUAUAUUGGCAAUGCAUUAAUACCCCUUUUAUUGACCGAUUGGCAUCUGUUAAUAUGGAGUACAUAUUUAUUUUUGCGUUGCUGUUCGCUGUUCUAGCAUGUAGUGUAGGCGCAUACAAGUCAGAAGAUGAACAGCAGGAAAUAUUGGAAGACCUUCGGGAUGUUCUGAAAGACCACCUUGUCUUGAAGUCUGAGGUUGAUUAUUCUGAUGCGGACGAAUUACGUGAUGGACGAACAUUGGUGAACGCAAGCGGCGAAGCAAUACAAGAACCUGAAUCGGAUGAGGAUCUGCUUUAUUACGAUCAAGAAGACGAUGAGGAUGACCUGGAGAAGGACCUGAUUACCCGCCUUCUGCCGUACGUCGGGCAGGAUAAAAGGGGUUCUUUAACAGAAGUCAUCGCUGAGACAUUCGAGGGAUUGAAAGCGGAACUUAAAAACCUGCCGGGAAAUUACGAGCAAUUUAGGUUUUUCAAAUUAAAAUCAAUCUUCCGUCGCCUCUACAUACAGAAGCGGAAGUUAGAGGCGGAGGCCCAGAAGGAAAGGCCAGAAGCUGGGACCCAGGGACUCUUGGAAUCGGUAUUGAAGUUUAGGAGAAAUGUUUUGUAUAUCAUGCGGAAAAGCGUGAACGGCUUCUGCAAAAGAAAUGUAUUAGGUUCGUGUGGGAAUUCGUGCGGCUGCGAUUUCCUGAAAUGCGUACCGAGCAGAAGCCGGCCGGGCAGGAAGUACUGUCGUAUAAAAUUCUAGCUGGGAGGACUGACAUCGAUCAACGUCGCGUCGACCAGAGCGUGCUGAUAUUUCUGUUUCAUAGACUUGAAUUGUUUCUUUGUAUUUUAAUAAUAUUAUUCAAUGUACUUUUUCAUGCGUUUGAUUAACAAAAGAUAAUGUUUAGUUUUGCAAAUAGCUGGCAAUAAGUGAUUAUGCUAGCCAGUACAUAUAAUUAUCGUUCACCAUCGUUUUAUUUUCUUUUAAAAAUUAGGAAAAUAAAGUAUUUGCAAAUUUUACUUAGAUGAGCUGUAUUUGUGUAUCAUUGCAUAUAUAUUCUAAAAACAACUUUUGCAUAAAUUGUGUAUAUGCAUAUUAUAUUAUAUCUAAUAAAACAAAUGUUCACGAG